CGAGUCCCCGCAAGAUCGAUCACCGAUGACACUGACCUGCCUUCGACGCACGCGGGCGCGCAACGGCUCGACAUGAUAUUUUCUCGCUCGCCAAAGGCCGCGGAUCGUAUAUUUUAACCGACAGCGUUCAGGGAUCGCGACCACCUCCGAGUAUGGACUACAAGGACGAGCAGCGCAACGAGAUCGAGGCCCUGGAGUCGAUCUAUUGCGGGGAACUGGAGGUUCUAGCGACGGAGCCGUUUUACACGUUUGCCAUACCAAUCAAGACGGAGGAGUACGAGCCGGAGACCGGCAAUGGCCUCGGCUGUCGGCUGGAGUUCACGUACACGCCCGAGUAUCCGGACGUGCCGCUGCUCAUAUCGAUCGCGGAGCAAGAGAACCUCGAGGACGGCGACGACGAGAGAUUGAAAGCGCAUCUGGCGGAGCAGAUGAACGAGAAUCUCGGGAUGGUGAUGGUCUUCACGUUGGUCAGCGCCGCCCAGGAGUGGCUCAAUGUACAGUGGGACAGGAUAAAGCUGAGGAGAGAAGAGACUGCGGCGCAAAAGCAGAAGGAGGAGGAGGAGGCGGAGAGGAGACGAUUCGAGGGGACCCGAGUGACCGUGGAAUCCUUCCUGAGCUGGAAAGAGAAGUUCGACGAGGAAAUGGGCUACACCAAGCGGAGAGAAUUGGCGGAACGCGAGGGCAAGAAGUUAACGGGCCGGGAAUUGUUUAUGACCGACAAGACGCUGGACCAGUCGGAUCUCAAGUUCCUGGAUGACGGUGACGCCGUGAAAGUGGACGAGAGUCUGUUCCAAAAUCUGGACGAUCUAGAUUUGGACGAUGACGAAGACGAUCCAGACUAUGAUCCAAACAUCUCGGAUGAUAGUGCCUAAAACACGUUUGAUUCAGUAGCCAUCAAAGUGAUACGUAGAACCAAUUGAACAGGAACUUGCUGAAUUCUUACAAAAAUAAAGGGGGGGAAAAAUGAGUCAAAUAUAUAUUUUAAGUACUAGAAUUUCUCUCGCAAGCCGGGUACUGUGUCUAGUAAAAAGUGGCAGUAAAUCGUCAUGGUUGAGACAAGAAAAUACGACGUUUCUUCAACCGGCGCUUUAUUGGAAGACAAUUCAUAAGGCGGAAUAUUUAAGGAAUGAGAUAAUUUUUAUACUUGUGUAUAUAUAAAUUAUGUUCAUAAGCUUCGAUUAUAUUAAAGAAACGUAUAUCUCGUAUUAAA